UUGAAUGUAACGGUUACACAACACUGAUUGCAGCAACAAUUUGUCAAAACAGGACAGACUGCUUUCCUAAUAGCGUCGUUUAGUGGAACGCAGUCAAAGUAUUCCGGAUCUAUCAUGUGUAAGUUUCCAAUUGGCUUGGUGGAAAAAUACUUCAUAGAUGAGCAAGAGGCAUGUUUUAGGGGUAGAAACGGCACGUUUCCAAGUUGGAUUAAUGGUUCUGAAUCUUCAUGUACCAAAUCACUGACAAACAAGGUGAUUAGUUGUGGCUAUACGGAUAAAAAUAAAAGAAUCUUAUUUGAUGGCUCUCUUAUGAAUGAAAAUAACAAAGAUUCUUUCCUUCUUUCUAAACAUGAAGAGGAAAUUACGUCGUUUCUGAUGUUGCCAUUUGAACACUCAUUUCUUGGCUAUAUUGGAACAGACACUGGCUUUCUGGAAAAGGUUUUGUUUAAUCCAUCGUUUGGUAAAUCAAUAACGGUGUUUCGAUCAUCUGUAUCGAAGGACCAUGGUCGUAUUAGGAGUUUAACGCUAAGCGAGGACAAGAACAAUCUAUUCUUCAUUAAGGAACAAAAAGCAAAGUCUCACUUAUAUAUGAUUAAAACAAAUGAAUGCGGGGUGCAUAUCAAUUGUUACAGCUGCCUGACAGACGUGCUGUCCUGUGUGUGGCUCCAGCGCACCGCCAUGUGUGUAUCGAGAGACAACAAGACAGAAACAUUGGCCUUUGAACAUUAUUGCCCACCAGUGGUUGAUGGCGUAAGUCCGCUGAAGGGGCCGACAGAGGGAGGCACGGUCCUAACUCUGACAGGUUUGAUGGACAACCCAGCAUCAUAUGAUUCUCCAAAUCAAGAAACACGACUACAUGUUAGUGUCAUGGUUGGCGCAAUACCAUGCAUUGUCAGCAACGUUGCACAGUUUCCUAAACGACUGGAAUGCAUCAUUUCGAAUACGCCGUCUGAAGGAUCUCUUAACAUUUCUCUUGAAAUGAAAAAUAACGGGACAAACGGAGACAUGUUCCAGCUGAAAAAAUCGCGGGGACUUGCUCUUUACAAACAGAAUUUCGUCUUUGUGGACCCGAUGUUGUAUCAUGACGGUCUUACGGAUCACAGUGUUAAACUGUCGGGCAAUAUACAACUUACCAUUCGAGGUGAAAAUCUUGACAUAGGUAGCAACAGACGACUUCUAAUCGGUGACAAGGAAUGUCGCAUCACAAAUCUGGAUCAGAUAAGCAAGAACGAGGUUACAUGCUGUGCGCCGAGUUUUAAUAUGACCGGAAAUUAUACCGUAGUUUAUGAGGUGGACAAUGGACGGGUAUACGGACCUAACAUAACUUACACGCCUGAACCGGAGAUCAUUGAUAUCCGCCCUAACUCUUCUAUUGUAAGUGGUGGGGUAACACUGACAUUGACAGGAAAGUACCUGGAAGGUUUUGGAAGUAAGUGUAAACUUAACCUAGAGAACAACAAUAGUACAUCUAUGAAUGAAAGUUACUGCAAAAUUUCUUACGAAAACGACACUGCCUUGAUGUUGUGUAAAACCUCAGCCCUUGAUAGCUGGAAUAACCUCCCAUAUAUAGCAGUACCAUCUUUGAAUAAUACAUAUGGCAAAGUAAUCACAAUACGCACACAUCCAGUUCGUAUAGUUAAGGAUCCAUUUAUGGAUCAGACGGACACGGUUCUUCCAUUUCCGGCUGGCACGAAUCUUACUAAAUUAGAGUUUAAGGGGUCGUCUCUAGAAGGGAUAGGUAAAGAUGACGUUGCAAUUUUAGUAGGGUCAACCAAGUGCAUCGUAGAAAAUGUUCAUGAGAACGGCAUAUCGUGUUUGAUGAUUCACCAUAUGGAGGUUACAGACGGACUUAAGGAACGUGUUAAGUGUGACAUUGGAUAUCGGACGUACGACUUAGGCACAGUUGCAUUCCAGAAGCCGCUCCCGAGCACCAGUAUUUCUACGAACAAAAGUGACGACUAUUUCGCAAACAUGUUUGUCACCGGCGGAGUCAUUGUGGGAUUUGUUGCCUUUGUGGUCUUUAUCUUGGUAAUAAGAAAACAAAGAAAGAAGCGUCUUUUAUCUAUGGAUGAACCUUACAACGUACAUUACCGUCGAGACAGCAAUAUACUUACACUGGAUGGUCUGUCUGAAAGCCAUCAGUCUGACGCCAUACAGAACAGGCAAAACGAUUACCAAGAGCGCAUACAUAUUCGAGGUACACACGAGAAUACCGACGUAAAAGAGACGGACCCGCUUCUUCCAUUAAUUGACGAUGAUACGCGUGAUCAAUUUGCACGGAAAAAUCUCAUCAUUUCAAACGAAUGCCUCAUUCUAGGUGAAAUAAUCGGACAAGGGCAUUUCGGAUGUGUUUACAAAGGCUAUCUCACUCUCCCUAAUGAAAAGGCUGAGACUAUUGUAGCUUGCAAAACGCUUCACAGAAACAAUCCUAAAGACCUUGAUGUGAACAUGUUCCUGAAAGAAGCCCUGCUAAUGAAAGAUUUUCACCACAACAAUGUUAUGGCGCUGAUUGGAAUAUGUCUUGGUGUAGAGAAGCUUCCUUUGGUAGUUCUUCCCUUUAUGAAUAGAGGCGAUGUACUCUCUUACAUCAGAGAUGUCAAAAAUAAACCUACGGUUAAGGAAUUGGUAGUUUUUGGAGUCGACAUUGCAAAUGGAAUGCACUAUCUUUCACAACUGAAGUUUGUCCAUCGAGACUUGGCAGCAAGAAAUUGCAUGAUCGAUGAUGACAUGAGGGUGAAGGUCGCUGAUUUUGGCUUGUCACGUGAUGUUUAUGAAAAGGAAUACUACAGCUCCUGUGAUAAGAAAGCACAACUUCCGGUAAAAUGGAUGAGCCCAGAAAGUCUCGAGUUUGGACUAUUUACACAUAAAUCAGAUGUGUGGUCAUUUGGUAUUGUUCUUUGGGAACUUCUGACAAGGGGCGUCAAUCCCUAUCCCACGGUUGAUAACUGGGACAUUUUGAGGUAUCUAAAAGAAGGCAGACGACUUAAUAAACCAGACUUUUGUCCGGAUGAAAUGUAUCGCAUCAUGCAGCAGUGCUGGAAGUGGGAUGCUGAUGAGAGGCCUUUGUUUGGAGAUUUGACUAUCAGAAUUCCUGAAUUAUUGAGAAAACUCGAGAGAGCAUCUGAGAAGAGGAAAACGCUAGAGGAAACAACCUAUUGAAUCCAUCAAAAAAUAAAUUGAUUGAAGACGUUCUUUCAUAUUUGUAAAAUCUACAAAGGUUUAUCUUUUUAUCUUGAAAUGUACCUUUUUUUCUUAUGCUCAUUCCCUUUUCUGAUAUUUUCUGUGAAAAAAAUGUACAUAUACAUUGUAUUUUCUGUUGGAAAAUGAUAUAAAGAGAAGAAAGGUUGUUUACAGAAAGGAAAAAGAACUUAUACAUGUAAAUGUCAAUUAAAAGUCUGCUCUCGGUCACUUGAAUUAUAGAAGAUGCAAGUGGUAGUGAGCCCAGAUUUAAUAUCCGCCUGUCCCCGCGCUACAAGGAAACUGUGUUUUUUUUGCACACCAAAAUAGUAACGGAUCUGUCAAACCAGCUGUGCGAGGGGCGGGGGGAGGUAUUUAGCGGGCAUUUUCCCAUUGGCGUUCCACCAAGUACCGGGCCUUAACUGUGGGUUCGAUAAUCUGAAAGCAAUGUGUCGUUAUUUCUCGGGGAUUGAAAAGUCAGGGUUAAAAAUGACUGGUGCCCUAGUUAUAACAAUAUUGUUGUUGACAAUGAAAAGUACCUGUAUUGUAUUGUCGUAAAAAAACUAGAACGUAUAGCUAGUGCACUGUAUCUGAAUUUCAUGUAUGUUUACUAACUACAGGUGUGUAAAGGAAUUUAUUUUUGAAAGUUGUGUGACUGAUUCUUUAUUGUAAUAAUGGCAUGUACAUAAAUUAUGAUACUAGUAUUAUUGUGUUUGCAAGCUGGGAUUGCAACUUUAAAAUGGCACAAGAUGUAAAUUAUUUAACAUAAUCACAUAAUUAUAUAAUACGAAGUAUCACUCAUGAAAAUUGUUUGUAAAUGCACAUGUACAUAUGGUCUUUGCACGGUAUUGUAACUUAUGUCCUCUUUAUAUUUUCAACAAUUUUCGAAUGUUUCUGCAAGUCGGAAUAACAUUUCAACCUCCGACACCAAUUCAACUCGUUUAGCUCACAAACAUUUGUUACUUUUUUCCAUAACUGCUUUAUAUAGAAUGGCACGAACGUGCCACAUCACUGAAUGAUCCAACAUUGAAUAAUCCACGAUAAUCGCCGUAUGUGCACGAUGAGGAUAUUUUUGAACUCAUUAUUAUACUUAUUUCAUUUUUCAAAUAUUGAAUUCAAAUUCAACUUAAGCCGGUCCUUGUGGGGUACAGACGACUUUAUUUCACUCAGGUGUCACAAAGUAUACAACAUUUGGAUAAUCAUAAUAGAUGUACCAUUUCCGUUCAUAAACAAGUUCAAUCAAACCGAGCCUGCAACAUAUUCAUUUUUUUGCUGCGUUGUCUCUGGAACAAUAAGAUACCUAUUUAGCUUCGUCAGUCUAAGACAAUCAGAAAUUCAUAAUGUUAUUUAAGCGAUCCAUGCAGUAAAUGGUAUAUUUAUAUACAAGUAU